AUCCUGUCAAAAUAAUGAAAUCGUUGUUAAAAAGAAUGGACAAGGAAAAAAAAUAAGAGUUCAUAAAAAUAAUGUUGAAAAUACUACCAAAAACAUUUUACUUGAAGAUGAUGAAGGAAAAGAUGAACCAGAUGAUACAAAUGUUAAUAAUAAUAGAGAAUUAUCAAAACAAGAACUCAAAAAAGAUAAUGGAAAAUUGGAUGAAGACUGCUUAGAUAAUGGCGAUGAAAUGCCAGUAGUUAAAAAGAAUAAUGAAAAGAUAGAUUUAGACUGCACCUUAAAAACAUAUCUACCUGAAUCAAAAGAACUUGAUACUAUUGCUGCUCAUGAUGAAGCUUAUGAUUGUUAUUUCUUCAGAAUUGGAAUCAAAAAGGAUGAAGAUACAAUAAAGGGUAGAAAAAUAAUAUGUGAAUGGGCCCUGAAACCAGUAAUAAGAAAUAAAAUAGCAAGCGAUGAAAAUUGCAAAACCGAAGGACCUCUUAUUCUGAAGUCUGAGACCAAUCAAGUGGUCAAAGUCAAAUCUAGUAGACUAGAAGGAAAAUUAGAAACCAAUGACAAAAGAGCAGAACCAAUGCCAAUAGAAAGAAAGUUAUCAACAGAAAAAGAAGCUGAUGAAAUCAAAACAUGUGAAUCAAAACCUAAGAAGUUGAUACAAGAAGAAAGAAAGUUAAUUUGUAAGGAUAUUGAUGAACCUAACCUCAGAGAAACCGCAAUGCAGAUCAAGCCAGAGCUGCCGCUAAAGAAAGAAGACGAUGAGGUAGAAAAAAAACCUAAUGAAAAUAAUGAGUGA